AUGGCUGACGAGGAUCGUCCGGAAGAAGCCAGUCGAGCAGGCUUUCCUCAGUCACCGUCCUCGUUCGAUACCGAUCCGCGAGUUUCCUUCUCCAAAUUAAACAACAGAUUCAUUCUCGAGACCGAGGAGGGCAACGAGUUCGAAUGGGACACUGCUCUGAAACGAUGGAUUCCAGUGCUGGACCAGUCGCUGUUGGAUCAACAAGGCGAAAUCUACAAGGUAGAAGGUGUCGAUGAGAAUGUUCCAACUGUGCCGAGGAAGAAGAGGAAACAAGCCAAUGGCGACGAGUCUGGUCAAAAACCUAAGAAACCUCGUGUCAAUACCGCGGUGUAUGUGACGUCGAUCCCUCUCGAUGCCGAUCAAGACGAAAUACAACAUGUCUUCUCCAAGUGUGGCGUAAUUGCUGAAGAGAUAGAUUCGGGCCAUCCAAGAAUAAAGAUGUACGAAGACGAUAGCGGCAAAUUCAAGGGCGAUGCGCUGGUGAUAUACUUCCGACCUGAAUCGGUCAAUUUGGCAAUCCAGAUGCUCGACGAUACAGAAUUUCGGCUAGGCACGGAAGGCCCCAUGGGGAACAUGAGAGUUCAAGCUGCAGAUUUCUCAUACAAGAAUCAGAAUCAGAAUCAGCAGGACGCGCCAGUGACGAAAAGCAAGAAAGAGCAGAAGAAGAUCAUCAAGAGGACACAAAAAUUGAUGGGCAAAUUGACGGACUGGGACGAUGACGACCCUCAAGCCAUUCAGGAGACCAGCUCGAAGUGGGACAAAGUCGUUAUCUUGAAACAUAUGUUCACACUCGAGGAGUUGGAGGCAACGAUGCUCGAGAUCAAAGAGGAUAUCAGAGAAGAAUGUGCAAAGCUAGGGCAAGUCACCAAUGUUGUACUCUUUGACAAGGAGGAAGAUGGCGUUGCAAGCGUGCGUUUUUCCAAUGCUGAGGCAGCCAUUGCUUGUGUCACACUCAUGAACGGAAGAUGGUUCGACGAAAGACAACUCGAAGCAUACAUUGCUACUGGCAAAGAGAGGUUCAAGAAGUCGAGUGACAAGAAGAUCGGGCUGGAUGACGAGGACGAAGAAGAGGAAGAAGGCGAGCGAUUGGAUAAAUUUGGCUCGUGGCUUGAGCAGGACGGAUGA